UGCCUUUGCCACCCUUUGCUUAUGGACCAAGGCAGUCAGUCUGGCAGAAUGGCCCUCCUUCUCUUCCUCAGCCUCUUGGGCCUGUUCCACAGUUGCUGGAGUGGAGUCCUUCCUGCUCAAGUCCCCCAAGUUCCUUCUCUCUUCACUUCCCAUCCCUGUAAUAACUCUCUAGGGUUGACCAUGGCAGAUAUAACUCUACAAGACAUCAAUAAUGAACGAAAGGAAGGCUACAUCUUCCGCCUCAAUCGAGUGGUAGAUGUCCAAGAGAAUAGUCAGGGAGGUCCAGACUCCGUCUUCUACCUCACCUUUGAUGUAUUAGAGACCUCCUGCCAUGUCCUUAGCAGGAAAAAUUGGAAGAAUUGUGAGGCCAGGCCCCUUCACGAAUCAGUAUAUGGCCGGUGCAAGGCUCUAUUUUUUGAAAGCCUAACCCGAAGGAUUCUCUAUGUCUCUGCCUAUAAUUGCACUACUCGUCCAGUUUCUCAAAGGGACAUUCAUAUGAUGUGCCCUGAUUGUCCAAGCCCCGUUCCGGCCAACUACUCAGACCCCUGGGUUUUUCAAGCUGUUAGUGAAUCUUUGGCAAAAUACAACAAGGAGGCUGCAGAAGGAAAGAAAUUAUGUUUCUACCAAAUCACCCGAGCUUCUACCCAGUGGGUAGUAGGCCCUGCUUACUUUGUGGAAUACUUAGUCACAGAAGGACCCUGCAAAGAAGGACAGUCUGGCCUCCAGCAACAUUUGAAGCCACUCGUUGAUGCCAAGCCUGUAGGGCUUUGCAAGGGUUCUCUGACAGAUUCUAGGGCCCGCUUAGAGAAAUCCGUCUCUGUGUCCUGUGAAUUCUUCGAAACCCAGCCCACGGUGGCUCCUGAGAGCCAGCCCACAGAACCCCACGAUGGACAGCAGCCAGUCUGCCCCACCAGGGCUCCCCAACAGGAAGGUCCUAAAGGAACUGUCCAGUUCUUAAAUGACCCGGAUGACGAAGGCCACCAGGAAAAGCUCUUCCCUGUACAGAUGGACUCUGCUUCCGGGAAACCCAUAUACCUCCCACCUAUCCUUCAAUCCUUCGUUCUAGCAGACUUGCCCAUAGUGCUUCCUUUCCCAGAACAGUCAAGAUCAUCUGAAUGUCCAGGACCUGCUGAGAACCCUAAUCAUCUGGUUCUUCCACCAUGAAAGUCACACCGUCCUGUAACAAUACUUCCUAUUACAGACAGAACAAUAGUACAACUGGAUGCUGGGAUUAUACAUGUUAAGGGAUAUAAACCAUUUACUGGAGGGAAUCUAGAGAUUUUAAAAAGGAGGGUCCCUCAGUUCUUCGUAAAUCCACAUAAGGCAAUAAAGGAAUUCAAACGGGCA